AUGGACACGGGCUGGCUCCACCGAUCCGGCGACCCCUCCGGCGCCGACGCCGACGCCGACGCUGCGUCUUCCUCGGCGGCAUCGGCCUCCUCCGCGGGCGGCUCUGCCUCCCGGGCCACCCGCCUGCGCAGGGGGGUCCGGCUCCGGCUGCGACGAAGGCGGCAGGAGCCACCAACCCUGCCCGCUAGGGGCGCGGGCGGCGCCGGCGUGCAGGACGACCUCGCGCUGCCCCUGGGGAUGUCGUUCGCGGCCGUCCUAGCGCAGGUUGUCAAUGUGAAGAAUCAUUCAGGGGAAAGAUUACAACCUGCACUCCUUUCCAAGAUAUGUACAUCGGCUGUGAAGGAAUCAUUGAGAAAUAUAUAUGGUGAUAAGUUAGAGAGUUUUAUGAAAAAUUUUGAGAAAUCAUUCAGCAGCACACUGACGACGCUUCAUCUUGUUAAUGAGAUGCCUGUCUUUGAACAAAGUCCUAUUCCCCAAUGUUCUUCUAAGCAUGAAGACUCUGCAGCAGCAAGCAUUUUGAGCACUGGUGGUCCACAAAAUCCCCCACAGGAAAUCAGGCAGGAUGUUUUGAACUCAGUGGAAAGUCGGCUUGUUCUUUAUGCUGGAAGCAAUCAGCAGCUGACUCGCCGCACUCGUGGCAUAUCUUCUCCUGAAGCUGAUCAGCGCAUCCUUAAUGCAUUUGAGAGAUCUUUAAAAGAGCAAACACGGUCAAACGAGCUCAAGGAAUUUGAGAUAGGCCUUAGCAUGAGAAAAUUGCAAUUAAAACAGUCUCAACUAGAACUUAACUCCUACUCACACAUGUUAGAAAAGAUGAAAAUAUCCUUGGGAUUUCAGAAAGCUUCCUUCCGAGGGGAGAAAUUCAAGACUCAGAUGCAGGACACAAGGCAUGCACAAAUACUGAGGACACUAAUAGAUUUUCUUGUUAGUGCAGUGAUUAUCAUGUCAGUAUGCUUUGGUUAUGGAACUUAUAUCUAUUCAUACCAAAGAAUAACUGAUAUUACAGCAGCAUGCUCAGCCACUUCAAGGGGACCUAAAUCAUGGUGGAUGCCAAAUUCAGUGUCAAAUUUCAAUUCCGGGUUGCUCUUCCUAAGAUGUCAUUUCAUAGCAGCAACACGUAUGGGCUUUGGCAUAGUAAUGAUUAUGGCAAUUGCUUGGCUAGCAUUCCAGCGUUCUGCGGUGUCUGGAUCAAAUAUGCCAGUAACUUUCAACUUCAUUCUUUUGGGAGUUAUGUGCGGCAUUGCUGGAAGGUUCUGUGCCAACACUCUUGGUGGUGAUGGGAACAUCUGGCUCAUAUGCUGGGAGGUUCUUUGUUCCAUCCAUCUACUUGGAAAUUGUUAUCCAUCUGUCUUGUACCGUGUUCUUCAUGGUCCUAUAUCAGUAUCUCACAGCAAGGAAGUUGUUUGGUUCCCAUAUUGGAUUCGUCGGUGGGUAUUUUAUGCUGUGCUGGGGUUUAUUAUCCCAGCCUUGACUGGUUUCCUGCCGUUUGCUUCUCUUUCAGACUGGUUCAAUCAUUUCACAAAAGAACUAAAAUCGAUCUUUGUUGGUGACGAAAUUGAGGCCUGAAAGAUCUUGGUCGCAAUGGCAUGAUCACCCCUUUUGUGUCAGCUAUGCAUGGAAAGAUUCAGAAUUAAGCAAGGAAAACUUAUUGGAUAGUUUCAUAGAAAAAAAACUUAUUGGAUGGGAGUUCAAGGCACAAUUGAAUAAGGGAAGAUAAGUUAUUCGUAGUUCAGCAGGAGCAACAAGCAUAUUGUCCAACUCAACGCACUCCCACUUUUCCUAAUAUAACGGGAUGGGUUUCAUCCUUCCACUGAGGUCAAAACUUGCAUCUACUGGAUUUCAAGUGGCUCAUUUUGCAAUAGGCAUUUUGGUUUCACAAUGCAAGGUCUCGAAUCAGAGGAGUGUAGGCUGUAGAUUUUGUCCACCAGUUGGAAACUCUGUCGGUCUUGCAAAAUCCUUUUGUUGUCUUUGUUGUAGCUUGAUAAUUUGUUUGUUCAUUGUAAAUAUCAAGAGGUCAGGUUUUUAUAGUGGUGGACGCGUACUCAAUGUGGCUAAUCUGGCUCUUGGUUUACCAAGUUGUGUGCUGAAGGAGAUCUCUGGGCCUGAGUGAACUCACCCUGAAGUUUUACUGACAAGCUGGUGCAUCCAUUGAAUGUGUU